AUGGAUAUGCCAGUAAACGUCCCUGUCGAUGACCCAAACGCAGAUACAGAAUGGAACGACAUUCUUCGCAAACAUGGUAUCAUUCCCGAGAAAGAACCAGAUCCAGAACCCAUCAUCCAAGAAGCUUUGCUCGAAGCUGUGAAAAAGGCCCACGAGAAUCGACUUGAGGACAAGGAUUUGGACGAACUCCAUGACCUCGAAGACGAGGAAGAUGAAGCGUUUCUCGAAUCCUACCGCCGAAAGCGCCUGGCCGAAAUCCAAAGCUUGCAGAAGAAGUCUCUCUACGGCCAAGUCUUUCCGCUCCAAAAGCCAGAUUACGCGCGUGAUGUUACGGAAGAAUCGUCAAAGGCAUUUGUUCUGGUCAAUUUGACCUCGUCACUUGGCACCAAUGUUGAGUCUCGGGUCCUGUCUGAGAUUUGGAGACAGGCUGCGAGAAAGUUUGGGGAUGUCAAGUUCUGUGAGAUUCGCGCCGAUCUGUGCAUUGAGGGUUAUCCGGAGAAGAACACACCGACCAUUCUUGUGUACAAAGACGGUGACAUCAAGCGCCAAAUUAUCACUUUGGGGCAGCUCAACGGCGUGAGAACGAACUUGAAAGACCUUGAACGACUUCUUGUUGAUGUUGGCGCGGUCACAGAGAAUGACAUGCGGCUCAGACAAAAGGACGAUGAAGAUGAGAAUGAGAAGAACAAUCAAGUCAACGACGACGACGAUGAUUGGGACUGA